AUGGAAGACGCUGAGCUGCCCCGUAAACGAGCACCAGAUCAUCAGGCUCAAGCCCUACCAACACAGCCAAUGGAUAUCCAGAAUCAGAUUGUCGACUGCGUAUGCUUGGCUUCUGGCAUGCUUCGCAUCCACGGCUUUGCUCACCUCCAAGCUCGUCCUCUGGAGCCAUAUACUCCUCCUCUCAACUGGCUACGCAUCUCGAACAGUAGCAGAGAUCUAUUCCUACGAGCUUUGGAUCUUGUGCAAGACAAGCCGAAUCUGUCGCCUACGUCAUGA